UUGGGAGAGCAGUCAGGCUUGAGAAGGAAAGCGACAGGGAACCCAUUAGGCUCCACUUUCAGAAACUCAAGCUUUCUGAGGAAGGUGAAGGAAGAGUGAGGAAAGAGAGAACAGCACAGUGAGGUCAUCCAGAGUGAGGGUAGAAGGCUUGCUGCAGCUCCGCAGACCUCUGCUGGCCAUAUCAGCCUCCCCUGAAGGAAGACCCCUUCCCCCGGCCCCACGGAAGAUGCUCACCAAGACUCUCUUGACUGUGACCUGGCUCGGCAUUUUCAUCAUGGCUUUUGCCAGCCCCCCAGUGCGACUGCAAAAGCCCCCUAAGCACAAGACACACCCCCAGGUUCAAGGGGCCACCUGCUGCAAGGAGGUGAAGGAGCUCAAGGCGCACACGGCCAACCUGAGCGGUGUGCUGAGCGAACUGAGCCAGAAGCAGGAGCGGGACUGGGUCAGCGUGGUCAUGCAGGUGAUGGAGCUGGAAAGUGCCAGCAAGCGCCUGGAGUCGCGGCUCACAGACGCCGAGAGCAAGUACUCAGAGAUGAACAACCAGCUGGGCAUUGUGCAGCUGCAGGCGGCGCAGACUGUCACACAGACCUCGGCAGAUGCCAUCUAUGACUGCUCUUCCCUCUACCAGAAGAACUACCACAUCUCCGGGGUAUACAAGCUUCCUCCGGAUGAAUUCCUGGGCAGCCCUGAGCUGGAGGUGUUCUGUGACAUGGAGACUUCGGGUGGAGGCUGGACCAUCAUCCAGAGACGGAGGAGCGGCCUUGUCUCCUUCUACCAGGACUGGCAGCAGUACAAGCAGGGCUUCGGCAGCAUCCGUGGGGACUUCUGGCUGGGAAAUGAACAUGUCCACCGGCUCACCAGACAGCCAACCCAGCUCCGUGUGGAGCUGGAGGACUGGGAGGGUGAGGUGCGCUACGCCGAGUACAGCCACUUUGCUGUGGCCAACGAAGUGAACAGCUACCGCCUCUUCCUGGGGAACUACAGGGGCGACGCGGGGAACAACGCUCUCCUCUACCACAACAACACGGCCUUCAGCACCAAGGACAAGGACAAUGACAACUGCCUGGACAAGUGUGCGCAGCUCCGCAAAGGUGGAUACUGGUACAACUGCUGCACGGACUCCAACCUCAAUGGGGUGUACUACCGCCAGGGGGACCACAGGCAGCACCUGGACGGCAUCACCUGGUACGGCUGGCACGGCGCCAGCUACUCCCUCAAACGGGUGGAGAUGAAAAUCCGCCCCGAAGGCUUCAGGCCCUGAAAGAAGGCUGCUGAGGAGCAGGGCCACAGCAAGGGGACACAGAGACUGGGAGGGCUGUGUGGGACAGGAAGCGGCUGUAGAGAGAAAGGGCAGGAUGGGCAAUGGCCUGCGAGCUCCAAGGGGAGAGUACCUCUCCGAGAGACAUAAAAUAAUUUAAUAUAUACGCAGUCAAAGCCAGCACAGGCACACAGUAAAAGGGUUUGCAUCAAGGAUGUCCUGGAAAUGGGAUGACCCAGCAGGUCCUGCCAUGUACUACUUACUCAGGGCCGGUGGAGUGGGCUCACUCUGGCCCCCGCCCCUGACAAAACAACUGUUUAUCCGUUUUCUCUAAGUUAUGUGAGUCAAAAAGCAAAUACCUGUGCUAAAAAGAACUGUGUUACUUUGACUCUCAAAGGUGAAGCCUGAGUGUCACAAAAGGGAGCAGAAGUGGGUGACAGAGGCGAGGAGAUUCUGCUUUUAAAUCAAACGAAAUCAUCGUUAGCACACACAAAAGCUGCUGGGCCGGAGAUGAGCUGUGUCUGCUGAGACCCCAGGGCCCUGGGCCUCUCGAUGGGACCCUUGGAGCCCCUCCUGUCAACUGGGUCAGGGAACGGCACCUAGAGAGAGGCGAGGUGUGGGUCUGGAGCAGCAGGGAGUACAGGGGCGGUGGGAUGGGGAUGCAGCCCCUCGUGGACCCGCGCACAAACCUGCCUACAACUGUCACAGUCAACAGCAACACAUCUAUUUUUAUUAACUUUGUAAGAAAUGGGCUCAAAGAGCUUCCUUUUUUAUCUUGUUGAUAAGAAAUGGCUGAAAAAUGAAGACAGGCGGAGCUAUG